AUGGCGAGCCACAGCCCGCACACCCCUCCCUCAGGCUCAGCGAGCUGGACCGCGGGGAACCGAUGUGUGGACGCGGCCGAGGCCUGCACGGCGGACUCGCGCUGCCAGCAGCUCCGCGCCCAGUAUGUGGCGCAGUGCCUGGGCCGCGCUGCGGAGGGUGGCUGUCCCCGCAGCCGCUGCCGCCGCGCCCUACGCCUCUUCUUCGCCCGUGGGCCGCCGGCGCACACCCUGGCUCUGCUCUUCUGCCCGUGCGCGAGCCCGACGUGCGCCGAACGCCGGCGUCAGACCUUCGUGCCCACGUGCGCCUUCUCCAGGCCCGGUGCAGCUCCGCCCUCCUGCCUCGAGCCCCGCAACGCCUGCGAGCGCAGCCGCGUCUGCAGGCCUCGCCUCCUCGCCUUCCAGGCCUCCUGCGUCCCCGCCCCCGAAGCGCCCGAUGGCUGUCUGGGUGGCCAAGGGGCCCACUGCCUGCGUGCCUAUGCCGGCCUAGUGGGCACUGCCGUGACCCCCAACUACGUGGACAAUUCGAGUGCCCGAGUGGCACCCUGGUGCGACUGUGGCGCCAGCGGAAACCGACGUGAGGACUGCGAAGCCUUCCGGGGGCUGUUCACAAGGAACCCCUGCCUGGAUGGUGCCAUCCGGGCUUUUGAUAGAAUGUGGUCUCCAGUCCUGCAGAGGAAGCUGGACUCCCACCAGGACCCCAAGCCCAGCUUCAAGCAGGUGCCUUCUGCAGGGGGGCCACUGGCAGGGAGCCUCCUGUCUGCCCUGCUUCCCACCUUGACUCUUCAGGACCUGCUCUGACUAGGCCAGCAGCCCUCAGAGGACACAGCCAACUGUCCCACCUGGCCUGGACAGGGCCAGGUCUGUGGCCUCUUACCGCCCCACCAGCAAGGGAUUGCCACUGCUCCCAGGCCGGACUCCUUGGGUGCCUGUCUGCAAAGUAAAGCCUGGUGGCUGCAGCUGACUGAGA